UAUUUAGAAGCGCGUUUUCUCCCGCACGUGUUAGACCACCGAUCGUGUUCGAUAAAUCUGCCAGCGCUUGCCAACCAAUUUUGUUACAUUUAACUCACUUUUUUCAACUUCGACAGCUAUGUAAAAUUUCAUGAAAAAAAUUCAUGAAUAUUUUCUUUAAUCGAUUUUAAACUAUGAAAUUAUUUCCUGUGGAAUUUCGAUUUGGAAGCAAGAUGAGCUCAAAAUAUUUAUUUGUAUUUUGUGUCAUAAAGUGUAUUAUUUGCCUCUCUUCAGCUCAGGGACAGCAAUCCUUUCAAUAUGAACCCUAUUACCCUUACAAUCCGCAACAAUUAUAUCCUCCUUACCAACCGUAUAAUGAAGUGGAUGAUGAUUUGAGAGGGGAUUAUUGCAACAGAAGGGGCCCUCUCAAGUGUUGCCCCCAGAGAGAUGACACCUGUUCCGUACCUAUUUUGGGUACCUUGUGCUACUGUGACUUGUUUUGCAACAGAACAAAUAGUGAGGACUGUUGCCCAGAUUUUGAAGAAGUGUGUCUUGGGAGACGUGUUCAACCCCCAGAGCAAAUAGUAAGACCACAAUGUCUGCAUCAAGGGAGAUACUACAACCUUGGAUACACUCUGCAUAUCAAUUGCAACAAAUGCAUCUGCCGUGUGCACGGAAAUGCUAAAUUCGAAUUCGACUGCGAGCAGAAUGUGUGCCUCGUCAGACCGGAACUCAUUUCGGGUAUCAAUGACGCUCACCAAGGAUGGAAAACUAGCAACUACACAUUCUUUUGGGGUAAAACACUUGAAGAUGGCAUUCAGUAUCGCCUUGGGACCCACAAACCAACGCGGCCGACGAUGGAGAUGAACGAAAUACACCCGAUCACGAACGGACCCCUUCCACAAAAUUUUGAUUCGCGACAGAAAUGGAGGAAUCUCAUAACCCCAGUCCGAGACCAGGGAGACUGUGGAUCUUCCUGGGCCUUCUCCACGGCAGCCCUCGCCUCUGACCGUUUGGCCAUCGAAUCUCUGGGUCAAGAGAAGAAAGAACUGUCCCCCCAGCACCUGCUGUCCUGUCAGAGACGAGGACAGAGAGGAUGCAAAGGUGGACAUCUGGACAGAGCGUGGUAUUUCAUGAGGAAAAAAGGCAUCACUACAACGAAGUGCUUCCCGUAUCUCGGAAAAGCGGACGUCACGUGCCCAUUCAAUAAUGGAAACAGCGCAGGGAAAGUUCGAUGCCCUACCGGAACUGAAGAUGAAGUUUAUUUGUCCACGCCCCCUUACCGUGUGGGACCCAAGGAAGAAGAAAUAAUGAGAGAGUUGUAUUUCAAUGGUCCAGUGCAAGCCACCUUCAGGGUGCACUCUGAUUUCUUCCUGUACAAAAGCGGCGUUUAUCAUCACAUUGAAUCGCUGGUGGCCGGUUUGCCUCAAGCAUUUAGGCAACAGGACUUUCACUCCAUCAGAAUUUUAGGAUGGGGUACAGAUGUAGUUGAUGGAAAAAGUAUCAAAUAUUGGUUGUGUGCCAACUCAUGGGGUGAAGAGUGGGGCGAGAAUGGCUAUUUCAGAAUUGUGAGAGGACAAGAUGAAUGCAACAUCGAAAUGUUUGUUGUGGGAGUGUGGGCACAUACAGAAACAAAUGGUUUCUAAUUUUAAUUUAUCAUCUGUAAAUAUCCAGAUAUGUUUUUAGUUAGUUUUUGUAUGAUAAAAGGUAAUUGCAUUCAUUUGUGUUGUGCUUCUGAUAAUAAAGUGCCUGCCUUUCUGUGUAAUUAUGAUGGCAAAUGUUUAUAUUAAACUAAUGGUUACAUAA